AAUAUAAUACAAGGAACCGUCAGUUUUUGAUAAAUUUAUUUUUCGAUUGGUCAUUCAUUACGAUAACCCUGUAUAGGAUACAUGGCAAUUCAACAGACUCCCUUGUUUGCCUUAUGACUUUUUUUUUCAUAUUUUUGCAAAAUGAUAAUUACAGGCAUUUGUUCCAAACGAAUAAAAAAAAAAACGUCAUUCGUCGUAACCCAUGUAAAUCAAAAUUACAAUAUUUUCGGCUCUAAAAUUAAGAAGUUUAAGAAUUUCAUUAUCCAAAUUUUCGGAUUUUCAUUGAUCAUGAGAGAAAUCGUACACGUGCAAGUUGGACAGUGUGGAAACAAUGUUGGAACUAAAUUCUGGGAAGUUAUCGCAGACGAGCAUGGUAUAGAUCCAAAUGGAGUCUUUAGAGGAGAAUCCGAUUUACAACUUCAAAGGAUAAAUGUCUUCUUCGUCGAGGGUGCAGGUCACAGAUACGUCCCAAGAGCCAUCCUCGUGGACCUAGACUCGGGUAGUCUAAACUCCGCCCGAUCCGGACACUAUGGCCGCCUUUUCAAACCUGACAACUUCAUAUCGGGUCAAGCAGGAGCAUCCAACAACUGGGCCAAGGGCCACUACACGGAAGGUGCCGAAUUAAUAGACUCAACAUUGGACGUGAUACGUCGCGAGGCAGAAUCCUGCGACUUGAUACAAGGAUUUCAAGUUCUACAUUCCAUUGGCGGCGGUACCGGCUCAGGAAUGGGAACGCUUUUGAUAAAAAAAAUACGCGAAGAAUAUCCUGACAGAAUUUUGAAAAGCUACUCCGUCAUUCCUUCGCCAAAAAUGUCUGACGCCGUAGUCGAGCCUUACAACGCUACACUAUCGGUUCAUCUACUGAUAGAGGGUACCGAUGAGACAUUUUGUAUCGAUAACGAGGCUCUGCACGAUAUUUGUUAUCGCACUCUGAAGUUGGCCUUGCCGUCUUACGGCGACAUGAAUCAUCUAAUAUCAGCCUGCAUGGCUGGUAUCACCACCUGCCUCAGGUUUCCUGGUCAGCUCAAUGCCGACCUACGCAAACUCCUGGUGAACAUGGUACCUUAUCCCAGACUGCACUUCUUCGUGCCUGGAUACGUUCCUCUGACCUCCAGGAGUUCGGCGCCCUACAGGGCCACCACGGUACCACAACUUACCCAGCAGAUGUUCGAUGCUAAAAGUAUGUUUGCUGCCUGCGAUCCCAGGAAAGGUAGAUUCCUGACUGUUGCUGCGAUAUUCCGUGGACUUAUGUCCACUAAGGAAGUGGACGAGCAGAUGUUGAAUAUUCAGAACAAGAAUAGUUCUUAUUUUGUGGAGUGGAUACCCAACAGUAUAAAAACAGCAAUAUGUGAUAUACCACCUAGAGGGGUUAAGAUGAGUGCUACGUCGAUAUCAAACACAACGGCCAUUCAGGAAUUAUUUAAAAGGAUGUCAGAACAGUUCACCGCCAUGUUCAAGAGGAAAGCUUAUCUGCACUGGUACACUGGGGAAGGAAUGGAGGAAAGUGAAUUCAGUGAAGCUCUGAAUAACAUGUAUGACCUUGUGUCUGAGUAUCAACAAUAUCAGGAAGCUGAGCCUGAUGAAGAUGUCAUGGGGGAUGAGGAUGAUGAGGAAGAAGCAGAAGAGGAAGAAUAAGGAUCGAAUUAUAUUAAUAUAAGAGAUAAUAUGAAACAUAAAAAGAACAUGAAUAAUACAGUAUGAUAUACAAUGA